AUGGACAGCAUAAUGAGCAAGCUACGCAAUCUGGAUGCGUACCCUAAAAUCAACGAGGACUUCUACAGCCGCACGCUCUCCGGUGGCGUAAUCACCCUCGCUUCCUCCAUUCUCAUGCUCUUGCUCUUCAUCUCCGAGCUUCGAUUGUAUCUCCAUGCCGCAACGGAGACCAAGCUUGUUGUAGAUACUUCUAGAGGAGAAACGUUGCGUAUCAAUUUUGAUGUUACAUUUCCUGCACUAGCAUGUUCCAUACUCAGUCUUGAUGCCAUGGACAUCAGCGGAGAGCAGCACCUAGAUGUAAAACAUGAUAUAAUCAAGAAAAGAUUAGACUCUCAUGGCAAUGUGAUAGAAACAAGGCAAGACGGAAUUGGUGCUCCCAAGAUUGAAAAGCCCUUGCAAAGACAUGGAGGCAGGCUUGAGCACAAUGAGACUUAUUGUGGUUCGUGUUAUGGUGCUGAAGGGUCAGAUGAGGACUGUUGUAAUAACUGCGAGGAAGUUCGUGAAGCAUAUCAAAAGAAAGGUUGGGGACUUUCAAACCCAGAUUUAAUUGAUCAGGUCUGUCCAUAUGACAUCUUGACGUUUAAUUCGAUAUUAUUCCUGAGCUUAUCAAACACGAUUUUGUUGACCCUAACAUGUAUAACUCUUGCUUUUCAAAAGGAAUCUUUUAAUUUAAGUCACCACAUCAACAGAUUAACUUUCGGUGAGUAUUUCCCUGGUGUUGUGAAUCCUCUUGACCGUGUGCAUUGGACACAAGAAACACCAAGUGGGAUGUAUCAGUAUUUUAUUAAG